UCAAACAAUUUUUUUUUUUUUUUUGGGAAAUUUGGUUCAAGUAAAUGCUAACGGUUUUUUCUCUUCUAAUUUUUUUGCAAGUGUUUUUUAUUUAUUUUUUUUAUUUUUUGCGCUUCCUUCUCCUAUGUGACUUUGUUUUUUCACCGAAAAAGCUGGGGAUUCAUCGGCGAACAAGGGACACUUGUACCCCUCUUUUUUUUUUCUUUUUCCAAUAAAGCUCAAAAGAUGGUUGUUCGCAUUCGUCUUGCACGCUAUGGUCGUCGUAAUUUACCAUUCUACCACAUUGUAGUUGCUAAUGCACGUACAGCUCGUAAUAGUAGACCCAUUGAAAAGAUUGGAACAUAUAACCCCAUUGCUGAUGCAUCAGGCAACAAAUUAAUCAAUUUAAAUUUUGAACGUGCUAAGUAUUGGUUAACUGUUGGUGCUCAGCCUUCAGAAACUGUUGAGAAAAUAUUAGUCAAGGCUGAUUUAAUACCACAAGCACCUAAACCUUGGAUGGAAAAAACAUUAAACACAUUAAAGGAAUCCAAAGAAACCCUUGAAUGAAUUAAUGAUUUAGACACCUCUAGUAAACCAUGUACAGACCAUUAAAGAAAAAAAAAUUGAAUUUUAGCUUUUAGAAAUCAUGAUCAAUUAAAAGUAUUUUUUUUUAUCAAUUCCAAAAGAUGGCAGAAAAUUCAAAAAAAAAUAAUAAUAGCAAAGUCAUAGAUUACUCUAUUUGUUAGCUUGAUAAAAAAAAAGGCCAAAACAGAAUAAACCCCCUUUUUAAUGUUAUGCGUUCGCUUAAUUAUUACGCAGACAAAAAAAAAUGUAUCUUGAAGACGUAGAAAAAAUGUUGAAUCAUAUUUAUUUUAUUUAAUUGAUACAUGCAUAAUCAAGACUAUGUGCUCGGUAAUAUUGAAUUAAGAAACCUUAAUAAUUGAUUUUAUAUAUGAC